AUGUCGAUGGCAACUUUCAGUGGAAAACGGUACUUCGUGACAUUCAUUGAUGACAAGUCAAGAUACUGUGUCGUCUAUCUGCUCAAGAGCAAAUCUGAAGUUGCGGCGAAGUUCAUGGAAUACGCUGCGAUGGCCGAAACGCAAACCGGGAAGCGCGUGAAGUACCUUCAAAGCGACAAUGGGGGUGAAUACAAGUCCGACAAGCUGGCACGAUUCUGCGCGGAACGGGGAAUACAACAAAGGUUCACACCCCCAUAUACUCCUCAGCUAAACGGAGUAGCUGAGAGAAUGAAUCGCACGCUGGUCGAGUGUGCGCGUUGCAUGAUGGAACACGCUGGACUGGGAAAGAGCUACUGGGGUGAAGCAGUGAUGACGGCGAUGUUUCUUCGAAACCGCUGUCCAACACGUGCCAUUCACCAAGACAAGUCUCCAUAUCAAGUGUGGACGAUGAAGAAACCGAUUCUGGCCAACCUUAAAGUGUUUGGAUGCCACGCGUAUGUUCAAGUGCCUCAAGACAAACGCGCGAAGUUCGACUCCAAGUCAUCACUCUGUCGUUUCCUGGGAUACGCCGAACACCAGAAGUCAUAUCGAUUUGAGGAAGUGUCAACAGGAGCGAUCAAGAUCAGUCGCGAUGCCACAUUCAUGGAAGACAAUUUUGAUGAAGGUCCGCGCAACUACAACGAUGAGUCAAGUGUCGUUGAGUUUGAUGAUCAUGAUGAGGACGAAGAAAAAGAAGAAGGUAAAACUGACGACGACAUGGACUCGAGCGACGAUGACAACGAAGACACCAGGUCUUCAAAGAGCAACAUCAAGAGACACACGCGCACUCAAUCACUUGAGAAAGCUACCGUCAUUCCAAGUCCCAAGCGAAGAACGUACAGAGGUCCGUCGCUUGAGCAUGUGUCAGCGGCUGCAAUGGAUUUUGAAGCAGCCUACAUCGUUGAUUCAGUGGGGGAAACGCCGACUACAUUCAAGUCGGCGAUGAAAUCAAGCGACUCCGGCAAGUGGAAAGAAGCGUGUGACUCGGAGUUCGACUCGCUUCAGAGAAACGACACGUGGGAAAUCGUGCCUCUUCCGAAAGGUCGCAAGGCCAUCGGGUGCCGAUGGGUUUUUCGUGUAAAGGAGAAUCAAUAUGGCGAAGUUGAACGUUUCAAGGCAAGACUUGUGGCCAAAGGAUUCUCACAGAAAUUCGGAGUUGACUAUGAAGAAACUUUCGCACCGGUGGCCAAGUUCACAUCGAUUCGUGUGGUGCUCAGUAUGGCGGCCAAGUACGGCCUAAUGCUACAUCAGAUGGACGUCAAGACAGCGUUUCUUAACGGCUCCCUCAACGAAGACAUCUACAUGAACCAGCCGGACGGAUACCUGGAUGCAACACAGCCGGACUAUGUGUGCAAGCUAAAGAGAUCACUCUACGGCUUGAAGCAAUCGCCUCGCAUGUGGAACCAAACAAUCGAUGGGUUCAUGAUCAAGAUGGGAUUCAAGAAGUGCGAAUCGGACCACUGCAUCUACAUCAAGCGAGACGACCAAGACAUGAUUCUCGUGGUGCUCUACGUCGAUGAUCUCAUCCUGGCCAGCAGCAACAACGAACUCCUCAAGUCGACCAAGAUGGCGCUGAGCAAACGCUUCGAAAUGACGGAUCUCGGUGAGCUCGAUUACUUUCUCGGCAUGGAGAUCAAGAACGACCGUAAGACGGGAAUGGUGACUGUACAACAAACCAAGUUUCUCAAGUCCGUGUUGACCAAGUUCGGAAUGGAUAACAGCAAGCCAGUGAAGACGCCUCAAGAUCCCGGCCUGAAGCUAACCAAGAACAUGUGUGAACAAGAAUGCAAGCACGAAGACACCAUGUGCAACGUGCCAUAUCGAAGUGCUGUCGGAGGCAUCAUGUAUCUCAUGGUCGCCACACGUCCGGAUCUAGCUGCUGCAGUGGGAUCAUUAUCCCAGUUCUCGUCCGACCCAUGCCCGACUCACUGGCAAGCUUUGAAGCGUGUGCUGAGAUACCUGCAAGCAACGCCCAAUCAUGGUCUUGAGUUUACACGUGAAGAAGGAAGCCGUAUCUGCGGGUACACCGACGCAGACUGGGCCGGCGACAUUGAGUCAAGACGAAGUACAAGCGGCUAUGUGUUCAUGAUGAACGGAGGAUGCAUCAGCUGGAAAAGCCAGAAACAACGGACGGUCGCGCUAUCUUCAACAGAAGCAGAAUACAUGGCGCUUUCCGAAGCAACCAAAGAAGCAGUAUGGCUCAAGGUGCUUUUGGGGGAACUUGGUGAGAUGACAAGCGACGAAGCGAUCAAGAUGUAUGAAGACAACCAAGGAUCAAUCGCUCUUGCCAAGAACCCGGAGUUCCAUAAGAGAACAAAACACAUCGACAUACGCUACCAUUUUGUGCGUGAGAAGGUGGAAUCAGGUGAAGUCGUUUUGGAGUAUUGCCCGACUCAAGAUAUGCUGGCAGACAUGAUGACCAAGCCGAUCGCCGCUGUACAAUUUGAAAACAUUCGCGAUCGACUUGGGAUCCAAGGUGCCGCAGCUAACGAGUCGAGAGGGAGUGUUGAAAAGACAGCGGCUGUGAAGAAGACACCUCGUCAAGCUGCGUCAAGUGUUGAAGCAAGUGGAAGACCAAGCUUCGCUAUACCGGUGGGUACCGGUAUGUACCAGUAA